AUGCACUUCCGGUCGCGGUGCUGGCAGCUGCUGGACUACGUUCUCGUCCUGAAGCGAAAUCAACAGGACGUAUUUGUGGCCAGGGUAAUCUGCGAUGCAAAUAACUGGACGGACUUCCGCCUCGUAAUAUCGAAUAUGAGACUACGUCUGCAAUCCUGCAGGAGCCCACGAGGUAAGCGACCACCAGCUAAGUUAAACAUUGUUUUGUUGAAGUUGCUUGAUAACGCUUACAUUUCGUCAAUCCACUCACCCCGCCCCUGGAAGACCUGCAAGCUGCAGAUGUAAACGCCUCCAUGGAGGCUCGGUGGUGCCAACUGAGAGACGUCGUCCAUGCGGACGCUCUGGAUGUUCUUGAUCGCUAACGUUGUCAACACCAGGACCGGUUCGAUAAAAGCGGCACAGACAUAAACAACCAGUCCGCUGAGAAGAACAGGCUGCAUAGAGCCUCUUCUGGCUGUCCAACUAUCGCAAAGAAGGCGGCCUUCUUCUGAUCGCGCUGUAGAAACUGAGGGCGAUUGUGGACGCCUAGGUAACUCAUGAGGUCGAGGAAAUCCAAAGGUAUUUAAACCGCGAUUAAACAAAUGGCUCCCCCUGACCAGUCCGGGUGGCCUACGGUCCCACAGCCAAUGAAACCGCGUCGAUUCUCAACUCCGAUGAAACAUCAUUUCUGACGGAUAGAUGACAGAUUUUGAAUCGUCGGACCGAGCACUUCGGAAACGCCCUCAACCGUCCAUGUACGGUCUCCGACGCCGUCAUCGACCGACUGCCUCCUGUGAAAACGGACGAUGAGCCGGACCUUCACCUCCACCCCAGACAAAAUCGGAGACGUGCAGCAAAUCUCCAGAGGGAAAUCACUGGGAUCCAACGUAAUCUCGUCCGAAGACUACAAGUGCGGCGGACUCCAGCUGAUGAAUCACCAUCAUGUAUCGCUAUUCCAUGAGAAUGUGGCACCGAGCGCAAGUUCCUUAGGACUGCAAGGACGCAGAAAUAGUUGAGUUCUACAAGCAGAUGGGAAACCGGUAAGUCUGUGAUAGCGACAGUAGGAUCCUGCUUUUUAACAUCAACGGUAAACUAGCCGGAAAACAUCGCCGGGAACUUUUUUGACAUAACUGGAGUGUUCUGAAGGAGGUAAUAAUCCGCCGUUCCGCUGAAUGAUUUCGUACAUGUUACUGAACGUCAUUAUUUCCCACCUAAGCUUCAGGACCGAUUGGAGCGUUCGAAAUCAUUUGCGAUCGGUAUCCGCCACCCCAUUUUGUUUUACACUGAUUUUGCCCUACUUUCGUAAUAUCGGUGUAUUUAUGGCCCUGAAAUAAGACGAAACAGGCAUUUUCAGGACCAGCACGAAUGAACAGUCUUAAAUAGGACUCUGAUUUCUUCAGUGAUGAGCGGGUAAGUAAUGAAAGUCGCGUAAUUUUCGAAAAAAAUUUUGUUUUCACCGACGGUACUCCUAACUGACUACAAAUCAGUCGUUUGGAAAUAAUUUUUCCUCUUACCUACUGGCAAAUGCUUCUGCCUUAACUAUUUCAUAUUUAACCGAUCUGCAUCUAUCCCUGGACGCUAAAUUUCCUAUAAUUUUGUGCCAUACACAAAGUCAACUCGAAGGAAACAUCCUUCCUGACAUUUCUCCUUCCGGCACCGCUGCCUCUAUGGGACUUAUGUGACUCAGGAAUCCUACGAGGGCACUCGUACCAAGCAUUACACGGCAAGACUUAGGUUAGCAGGUUGCCAAACUAAAUGACGAGGACUCCUCUGAGCAUUUUUUAGCAAACACACUGCCGGCAGAGCAUAGUGGGGCCGAAAUCGAUGACACACAUAUGGCAGAAGACGAAGAUGCGAUCACUGAAACAAGAAAUUUAUUGGCUUGACUUUUCGGAUUCUCACUCGAACCCCUCAUCAGAGACAGUCGCAGAUAUGACAGUUCGACAGUUGUUGCCGACGUUGUCCACCGUGCGCUCCAGCGCAAGUAUCCCUAGGCUUGCACAGCAUCUACCGCACUCCCUCCCCCUUCCCACCUGAGCCUGGUAGAAAGACACAGUCGAGAAGACCGGAGGCAGGAGAGAACUCAGGUGGCUGGCACGGCAGGACACGAGUCCAGGCGUACUACCACACCCCUUGGUCCACAGCACUACCAAGAAUUUGACCGACAAAAAAGGGAUCAGAAAGAGGAGGAUGAGGAUGAGGAUGAGGAUGAGGAUGAGGAGGAGGAGGAGGAGGAGGAGGAGGAGGAAGAGGAGGAGGAGGACACAAAUCACUAG